CGUUGGGCUCAUUGUUGGAAGCUGCUCAGCAAUCUCGGAGGUUCUCGCCAACAUGUCUUCGUCAGAGACUAGUGCUGGCCAGAGCCAAGCUGUGUCUUAUACAGCUGUGCCCUCUGCAACAAUACCUCCCCCAUAUAUGGCACCACCGGGAAUACCUCCCCACUACCCUCCCAUGGUAAUACCCCCCAUGAGUCAGCGACCACCCAGCAUGACUCCAUUGCCACCGGGUAUAAUGCCCCCUGGCAUCAUGCCACCAAUGGCUGCACCACCAAUGGGACAGAUCCCAGGCAUGAUGCCACCCAUGAUGCCAGGACUGAUGAUACCUCCUCGCAUCCCAGCUGUAGCUGUACAACCAACGGGACCACCUGGUGUUGAUUCCACAGUUGCUGCACCUGGAACAAAUCAGAGUACUAGAAAUGGAUCGCCACAAGAAGAGCAGCAAAAAAAAAAGUCUCUGUGGACAGAACACAAAUCACUAGACGGGAAGACCUAUUAUUACAAUACAGAGACGAAGCAGUCCACAUGGGAGAAGCCGGAUGACCUCAAAUCUCCUGCAGAGCAAUUGCUGUCUAAAUGUCCAUGGAAGGAGUACAAGUCAGACACAGGGAAGCCUUAUUAUUACAACUCUCAGACAAAGGAGUCCAGGUGGACCAAACCCAAAGAUCUGGAAGAUCUGGAAGCUAUGAUCAAAGCAGAAGAGAAUGGAACUACAGAGGUGGUGGCCCCUGGAACAACUACAGCUCCUGUGGUUCAAGCCGAUAAUACGGCCACUAUGGAGACGGUAAUGGAGGUGGAAACUGCAGCAGCGGUAAUCUCAGAGGAACCACAGUCCCAGGUGACCGUGAAUCAAACAGCUGAGGUCAAGGCUGCAGAAGCACCUGUGACGUCCUCCGAGAGUGCAGUCGUCACUGAGAACACAGCCAGUGUUGAAGUCAAAGAACGGCCUGAACCUGUGAAGAAAACGUACAAGUGGAACACAAAAGAGGAGGCCAAGCAGGCCUUCAAGGAGCUGCUGAAGGAAAAGGGUGUGGCAUCAAACUCUUCUUGGGAACAGGCUAUGAAACUGAUCAUCAAUGAUCCUCGCUACAGUGCUCUUCCUAAGCUGAGCGAGAAGAAGCAGGCGUUCAAUGCCUACAAAGUCCAAACAGAGAAGGAGGAAAAGGAAGAGGCCAGAAUUAAAUACAAGGAGUCCAAAGAGACGUUCCAGAGGUUCUUGGAGAACCAUGACAAGAUGACAUCCACCACCAGAUACAAGAAAGCAGAGCAAAUGUUUAACGAGCUUGAAGUGUGGAGUUGCGUUCCUGAGAGAGACCGGCUGGAGAUCUACGAGGAUGUGUUGUUCUACCUCGCCAAAAAAGAGAAGGAGCAAGCGAAGCAGCUGAGAAAGAGGAACUGGGAAGCUUUGAAGAACAUUCUGGACAACAUGGCCAAUGUGACGUACCGGACCACCUGGUCUGAAGCUCAGCAGUAUCUGCUGGACAACCCUACGUUUGCUGAGGACGAGGAGCUGCAGAAUAUGGAUAAAGAAGACGCCCUCAUUUGUUUUGAGGAGCACAUCCGAACGAUGGAGAAAGAGGAGGAAGAGGAGAAACAGAAGACUCUUCUCAGGGAAAGAAGGAGACAGCGCAAAAACAGAGAGUCCUUCCAGAAAUUUCUGGACGAGCUCCACGACCACGGCCAGCUCCACUCCAUGUCCUCCUGGAUGGAGAUGUACCCGUCCCUGAGCUCAGACAUGCGCUUCGCCAACAUGCUGGGCCAGCCCGGUUCCACUCCUUUGGACCUCUUCAAGUUCUACGUGGAAGACUUGAAAGCUCGUUACCACGAUGAAAAAAGAAUAAUCAAGGACAUCCUCAAGGAUAAAGGGUUCUCCGUUGAAGUCAACACCAGCUUCGAUGACUUUGGAUCGGUUAUCAGCUCGGACAAGAGAGCCACCACUCUGGAUGCUGGAAAUAUAAAGCUGGCCUUCAACAGCUUACUGGAGAAAGCUGAAGCCAGAGAGAGGGAGCGCGAGAAGGAGGAGGCCCGCAAGAUGAAAAGAAAAGAAGCAGCUUUUAAGACCAUGCUGAAGCAGGCCACACCCCCUCUGGAGCCAGAGGUUACAUGGGAGGAAGCCAGAGACAGAUUCCUGAAAGAACCUGCUUUUGAAGACGUGACGCUGGAGUCCGAGAGGAAAAGAAUAUUCAAAGAUUUCAUGCAUAUCCUAGAGCAUGAGUGCCAGCAUCACCACUCCAAGACGAAAAAGCACUCGAAGAAGUCCAAGAAGCACCACAGGAAACGCUCUCGCUCUCGAUCAGCCUCGGAGUCUGAGGAAGAGGAGUACCACAAGAAGAAGAAGCGGUCGCUGUCCAAGUCUCCCUCUGAACGCUCGUCUAGCGGAGAGUCUGAGAGAAGCUAUAAAAAGUCCAAAAAGCAUAAGAAGAAGGGGAAGAGGAGACGCCACAAGUCUGCCUCGCCGGAUUCUGAGAGCGAGAAGAAAGGACGAGAGCGCGACGGGAAGCACGAGAGGGAGGUGGAGAAGGAUAAAGAGAACGACAAGUCUCGAGGGAAGUCCCGCUCAGAGUCCAAACUGAAGCCUGUUAAAAAGAAAGCAGCUAAAGAGGAGGGGGGCUGGGACACCUCAGGCAGCGAGCUGAGUGAAGGAGAGCUGGAGAAAAGACGACGGACUUUACUGGAACAGCUAGACGCGCCUUGAUGAUGCGUUCGUUGAUCUUUUUUAUUUUUAUUUUUUUUGUUGCUCUUUGUACACUUCAGCAAACAUGCAUUCCCAGUACUGCUCGCUCUUUGCUGAAUGAGAGAACACCCGGCGCUGGUUUUAAUGGGGGUGCACUAAUGUACUGUUCUUACACCCGUUCUGUGACUAAUUUGAUAUCAGGAAACUCUUCGGCUGUUCAGUU